CGCGGGAGCAAAUUCGAACGGCGCCAGUCAGUGUCUGAAGUCGAUCAGGGUCGAUUCACGGUGGGAUAUUUCUUUUUGCUCGCCGCUCUCCCUCCUGACUGAGGCUCUUUACUCAGGUUAUGGCAGGUGUUACUCCAAGAAAAAGAAAACGCUGUUAUAAUAGUUUACAGCUGGUAAAUGAGACUCCAGCAAAAAGAUUGAGGAUGGAAGUCACUGAAGAAGCAUCUCCAACAAGAAAACCUUCUAGUUUCCAAGAUAAAAAAACUCAGAACUUGCUCAAAAAUUCAACCAGCUUGGAGGAACUUAAUACUUCACCAUUGCAGACAGCAGAUGUACCAAAAGUAAAAUCAAAUGCAUUCCCACAGAGAACAUCUCCAGUGUCUGGCACGACAUAUAAUUCCACUGUGCCAAUCAAUUCCUUUUACAGUAAAGUAAAUACAUUUCAAAGUAUACUGGAAAGAAAACAAGCAAAGGAAUCUCAUGUAAAUUCCAGAAAUGAUUAUGCAAAUUUACCUAUUGCUAACAAGACAGAAGUGGUACAGGCCAAGUUGCAACAUCUUAAGACUUCCAAACGCUCAGCUGUUUCCAAGCAGGCCAAGACCUCAAGAAAUACCAAAAAAGCUAAAAUAGAAAUGGCUGUACCUAAGCUCAAGGGGAAGGAGAAUAAAAAUUAUGCUGUAGAAAAGAAAACAGAAGGUCCUUCUAGAGUUCUAACCAUGAAGUUCAAACCUAUGUUAAAACUCCAGACAGGGGCAGCAUUUUUUGCCACUGGAAAGAGGGGGAACUGUGACUCUAAGAAGGUGUUUUCACCCCGAAGAUCUCUCCAAUUUAUUAACAAUACCACAGAAAGCAAGAAGCAGGACAAUCUCCUCACAAAUACCAAAACACGCUUAUCUUCUGAAAGCAAAGCAGCUAAAACUGGCAGGGAAGAAAACCAAGCAGAUGUAUCCCCAAAAGAAAAUCUUGAUAUUGAGGAUAAGAAGACAUGUAAUAAAAAUCAUAUUAAGGGCCCUUUGGGUGAAGUGAAAUCAUUACCAAAUUCUAGGCUUCCUCAGAUUCCUCACUCUGGUUCUUUGGAGUCCCCAGCUCAGAAAGAAACUGAUGCUGGGAAAGAGGUUUUGGAAGAAAACUCAAAGAAACCAUCUGACAGUACAAACAAAUAUAAGGUUACCUCUUCCAUUUUGGCAGACAAUGUCCAUUCUUUGUUCAGAACAUUUCCCAGCAACAAAAAAAGGUCAUUGGGCAAGGCAGCUUCCAUCUUCACACAAGCAAAUCUGUGGGGAAGACAGCAAGAAGUAAGGACAACAGGCAGCCUACAGAUUCUUCCAGAUGAACAACCUUCAUCACAUGUAGAAUUGAGUCCAGUAAGGCAGAAGUCUCCCUCCAAACUAAAAAUCAACAAGAAGACAAAAGUACUGGCCAAAGGCUUGAAGGAUCAAAUGAUCAUUGACGCUGGUCAAAAACAUAUUGGUGCCACCAUCUGCAAAUCAUGUGGCAUGGUUUAUUCAGUUGCCAACCCAGAGGAUGAAGCACAUCAUGUCCAGUAUCAUCAAAGAUUUAUUGAGGGAAUAAAAUACACAAGCUGGAAGAAUGAGCAUGUAGUUGCAGAGUUCUGGGAUGGAAAAAUUAUCUUGAUUCUACAGAAUGAUCCAAAAUAUAUCAUCAAAAAGGCUGAUGAUAUACGCAAACUUGUAGAUAAUGAACUUGGCUUUAAACAUGUGGUACAGACUGAUCCAUCACAGACUAAAACAUACUUGUUUGUAUCCAAUGAAAAAAAGAUAGUUGGCUGCUUAAUUGCUGAGCCAGUCAGACAGGCUUUCCGAGUGCUUUCAGAGCCCAUAACAGUGGAGUCCCCUACUAAAAACAGCCUAGAGCAUCAGCGUGCCUGGUGUUGCUCCACAAAGCCAGAAAAGGUCUACUGCGGGAUUAGCCGAAUCUGGGUGUUCAGCCUGAUGCGGAGGAAGCACAUUGCCAGCCGUUUGGUGGAUGUGAUGAGGCAAACUUUUUUAUUUGGCUGUUCCCUAAGCAUCAAUGAAAUCGCCUUUUCAGAUCCAACACCAGAUGGAAAGCUAUUUGCAGCAAAAUAUUGCAAAGUACCCAACUUCCUUGUUUAUAAUUUCAUUAGCUAAGACUAGAUUUGUACCACUGGGAGUUAAUGAGCCCGUCUCUUUCACCAAGGGCUAUUUUAUAAAAUGUGGUCAGUGCUGUUAUUGCAUUGUUUAUUGCUUUAAUGCGUUAAUGUAAAUUUGAGUUAGUAGCAUACCAGGUGUGUAUUUGGUAUGUGAAUUGUUUUUAAAGUUAUUCUGAAAGUUAAAUUCUGAAAUUGAUUGUAACAUUUAAAAGGGGUUAAAAAAAAAAGAAGAAGUAUGACUCUAGGUCUUUAUUGGUACAACUUUCAGCAUAUUCUAGGAAAUAUACUCAUUUCUUGUAGACUGAUGACAGAUUUAGUAAAAAAAAGCCCUCAGUGCUGAAACUGAAUAAGCAGGGGUAGAAAAUGUGUGUUAAGCUACAUGUUCCUAAGCUAAUUUCCAGCACUUUUUACCAAUGAUUAUGCCAACUAUGGCUGUUCAGUAAUAUCUGAAAGGCUGUAAUUUUUAUGGAGGAAAUGUAGGAGGUAAUGUAAUGCUGCUAUGAACUAAUAUUUUAAAAUGAUUUUUGCACCUGUUCAUGGAAGCAAAUUGCUGAAACUCGCUUUGAAAGUGUUAGAGGCGACUGCAGGUUGGGUAGACUGUCUGACAACUGCAAUUCUUGCACUAAACAGUGUUGAACCAAGCCUGCUCAAAUAAAUAUUUUUCUGUAUUAAA